AAUCCAGCAACAGCAUAUAUAAAUGCGACCACGAUAUUAAAUAACUUAUCUUAUCAACCUGUUUCCAAACAUCAGUUUCUCUUUUGACUAGUGAUCCUGAAACAUGGUACACGUAACGCUAUUGUGUAGCUGGCUAUUUCUGCUCGUCAACCUUUCUGCCAGCAGUGAUGUUUUCACUGCGACAACUUGGGAAGCACCGUUAGGAUGGUGCCUCGCUAACACCGGUCAAGUGUUCACUGGAGAUUUCAAUGGAGAUGGUCGCCAAGAUAUGCUUUGUCACAGUCCUAACAACGGCCACAAAUGGAUAUACUAUGCACGUGGUGAUGGUACAUUCAAUGGCGACACAUGGGAUUAUAGCAUGGGAUGGUGUUAUCACACCGGAGCUCAACUCUUUUUGGGCGAUUUUAACGGUGAUGGUCGUACUGAUUUGCUGUGCCACGAUACCACUGGCUACAAGUGGGUGGCGUUGGCCAGUACUAGUGGUACCUUCUCGAGUACAUCUUGGGAAGCUGGUUUGGGAUGGUGUUGGCACAGUGGUGCUCAAUUGUUCAUCGAUGAUUUCAACGCAGAUGGUCGGAGUGACAUGUUGUGCCAUGAUGGUUCCGGGUACAAGUGGAUCUCCUAUGCCAAUCAAGAUGGAAGUUUUCCGGGGACAAGUUGGGAACGAGCGAUGGGUUGGUGUUUCCAUAGUGGUUCCCAGCUAUUCACCGGUGAUUUCAACGGAGACAGAAGGGCUGAUUUGCUCUGCCAUGACUCAACGGGAUACAAAUGGGUGGCGUUAGCAUCCUCGAGUGGCACAUUUACUAGCACGUCGUGGCAAAGUGCUCUUGGUUGGUGCUACCAUAAUACCGCAAAACUUUAUAUCGCCGACUUUAACAAGGAUAAACGCGCCGACAUGCUCUGCAGUGAUGGUAAUGGUUAUAAAUGGGUAGCAUUUUCUACACCUGCCGGUUAA